AUGUCUGCACCCGUCGAUGAUGGCUCUCGACCGCCAGUAAGCAACAGUGCCGGUGAAGCCCUUAUGCUUGGGGCGGCACCAUCCGUACACGAAAAAGACCUACCCCCAAUACCAGAGUCUGCUUCUACGGCAGCCCCUGCAGCACCACAGAGCAAUGGGUCAGCUCUCGUUCUACCUAGGAGCGGCCUGACCUCCGACCAGGUGUCCCCAGCAACAUCCCUCCCAGAUCGAGACCAAGGUGCACAAAACGAAGCAGAGGACUACCUCAACGCCGGACGGCCGCACGAAAGCUAUGCUACCACCGGCGUAGACGCCCUGGCGGCCUACGACAACAGCAUGGCAACCGCUUCGGGCACGCGUUCCAUUCGAGAGGCGGCCGAUAAGGGCCACGAGGGCGUUGUUGAUUCGCCGCCAAUAACGCCCGGCCCGAGACGUCGCCGCAGCGUCCAGUUCUCGCAGUCGAACGUCCUUAUUGACCCGCCAUCAGCUGCUGCAGGAUCCCAUCAGCGCCAAGGCUCAUGGGACCCAGCCAACCCGUCCCGUUCCAGACAGUUCAUGUCCCGUCUAAAGGCCCUGGCUGUGCAAGGCGGUCUUCCUGCAACCAAAACGCCCGGUUCCAGUAUACCAGACGGCGCACCGGUAUCAACAGCCAGCACGCCAGCAGGAGCCCGUGGAAGUCGACUGGCACAAAGCCUGAACGGAAACGACAGCGAAGCGGAAGCCGAUGCCGAUGCGGACGCCGAGGAAACGGCCGACGAAGGUACGGGCGAUAUCACUGGCACCCGACCCAGGAGGCGCAAAAGGCGAAUGUACAUCCGCUCACGACGGGGGUCGCACACGGCCGGUCCGUCAGCCGCACCUGCUUCUACGGGUGUCUCGACCGAGCCAAACUCCCCGCUCCCUGCGAACCGACAUCGCAAUAUGUUGAUGCAGCGGCGCGCAACAAUGCCCGACACAUCAGAGCCCCGCGGUGGGCUGUCUGAGGGCGAGGGUCGUGACCACCUCAACCGCCAGCAUGGGUGGCGCCGUGGCAGUUCAUGGGUAGGACGGAGUGAAGAACCUGAUGCUGGAAAUGGCGGCCCGUCUUCGGGUCGCGCCGUUGGCCACAUCCGUCGCAUGACUGUCUUUGGCGGUGGCGUUUCGGACGGCGACGCUAUGACGCCUCGUCGUGCAUUCUUCACUGGAGACCGGGCUACGACCUACGGUGCACAAAAGUGGCGGCAGGUCAAAAACACUCUGAAGCUUCUGAGGCAGAAAAAGGAAGACAGCUUCGACUACAUGAAAUCGGCUGAGCUGAUGGCGGAGCUGCGGGCGGGCGCCCCGGCUGCCCUGAUGCUUGCCAGUAUGAUCCAACGCGAUGAGCACGGCAACAAGCGGAUUCCUGUGCUCCUCGAGCAGGUCAAGCUGACCAUCCGGGAGAGCACCCCCGUCCAAGAUGGCGACAGCGAGCGCCACUGGCUAUUUACCAUCGAUCUUGAAUACGGCAGUGGCCCCAGUAGGAUGAGGUGGACCAUCAAGCGCACCAUUGGAGAGAUUCUUGAGCUCCAUUGGAAGUACAAAUUGACACGCAACGACAAGUACCUCCACACGCCUCAGACAGGUGGGCGCCCGAAGCAGCCUAGGUUCCCCAUCUCUGCGUUUCCCUAUGUUCGCGGUCUUCGCGGCGUCAAACUGGACGACGAAGACGAUGCUGCCAGUGUCCACAGCGAUGAAGGCGCACCAGAUGGCAACGGCACAGCCGGGGACGGUACUGCCGGCGAAGGCACGGCGACCGAGGCGGAAGGUCCUGGUGGUCGCGUGAACUAUCGUCGGAGGAAGUCCCGUAUCGCUGUGCUGGGUGGCAUCACGCGGCGUCAGUCCGCGCAGGUCAAUCCUGACGGCACGCCAGUGGCUGGCGAUCUUCUCGAUGAGGCGGCCGCACGACGCAAAUACGUUGAACGCCAGCAGCGGAUGCUGCAAAAAUAUCUGAACGAAAUGGUGCACUGGCUUAUCUUCCGCGCCGACAGUAACCGUCUCUGCCGGUUCCUCGAGCUCUCUGCGCUGGGCGUGCGUCUUGCUGCGGAAGGCAGCUACCAUGGCAAAGAAUGUUUCCUGCACAUCCAGUCGUCCAAGGGCCUUGAUUUCCGCCGCGUCCUGACGCCUGGGAAAGUCAUUGAACGCCACAGCCGCAAAUGGUUCCUUGUCCGCCAGAGCUAUAUUGUUUGUGUCGAAUCGCCCGAGAACAUGAAUAUCUACGACGUAUACCUCAUCGAUCCCAAGUUCCUCAUUAUUUCCAAGACCAAGCGCAAGCAGCAGCAGCUCGCCAACGGAAAGAGUUCCGUCACUGCCGCAGAACUGGAGAUGUCUACCAGCAAGAACCGCCUGAAGCAUCACACACUCACCCUCCUGACCUCAGAACGCAAGGUCAAACUAUGGGCCCGUAACCAGCACCUCAUCGGUCAGUUCGAGGAAUCCAUCGUGGACAUGCUCAAGCAGACCCCUUGGCAUCGCCGAAAUCGCUUCGACAGCUUUGCCCCUGUCCGCACGGGCGUGUUCGCCCAGUGGCUCGUCGACGGCCGUGAUUACAUGUGGAACGUGUCCCGCGCCAUUGCCAUGGCGAAAGACGUCAUCUACAUUCACGACUGGUGGCUCAGCCCGGAGUUGUAUAUGCGCCGACCUGCCUGCAUCAGCCAGAAGUGGCGCCUCGAUCGUCUCCUACAACGCAAAGCCGCCGAGGGCGUCAAGAUCUUUGUCAUCAUCUACCGCAACGUCGAGGCUGCCAUCCCCAUUGAUUCCGAAUACACCAAAUUCUCACUCCUGAAUCUGCACCCCAACAUAUUUGUGCAGCGGUCGCCCAACCAGUUCAAAAAGAACCAAUUCUUUUUUGCUCAUCACGAAAAGAUUUGCGUCGUGGACCACGAUGUGGCGUUCGUUGGCGGCAUUGAUCUCUGCUUCGGCCGCUGGGACAGCCCGCAGCACAGCCUUGUGGAUGACAAGCCCACCGGCUUCGAGAUGGACGAGCAGCCCCGCGAUGCCGACCACACACAGCUGUGGCCCGGCAAAGACUACUCAAACCCGCGUGUCCAGGACUUCUUCAGUCUCCGCGAACCGUACAAGGAGAUGUACGACCGCACCAAGGUGCCCCGAAUGCCUUGGCAUGAUGUGGGCAUGCAGAUUGUCGGUCAACCUGCGCGCGAUCUGACUCGACACUUUGUCCAGCGCUGGAAUUACGUUCGCCGCGGUCGGAAGCCGACACGUCCAACACCGUUUCUGCUACCGCCCCCUGACUAUCGGAAAGCGGACCUGGAAAACCUGGGCCUGUCCGGCACGUGCGAGGUUCAGAUCCUUCGAUCUGCAUCGGCCUGGUCGCUCGGCAUCACCGAUGUCGAGUGCAGCAUCCAGACGGCCUAUAUCAGUAUGAUUGAGGAAUCCGAGCACUUUGUGUACAUUGAAAACCAAUUUUUCAUCACGAGCACAGAGACACUCAAUGUUAAGAUUGUCAACCGUAUUGGCGAUGCCCUGGUGGAGCGUAUCAUCCGGGCCAACCACGACGACGAAGAUUGGAAGUGCGUCAUUAUCAUUCCUCUGAUGCCUGGUUUCCAAAACUCCGUCGCCGACCAGGAGGGCACCAGUGUCCGGCUGAUUCUCCAGUGCCAGUACCGAAGCAUCUGCCGUGGCGAGAACUCCAUCUUUGGUCGACUUCGUGCUGCAGGCAUCGAGCCUGAGGACUACAUCCAGUUCUUCAGCUUGCGGCAAUGGGGCAAGAUCAACAACAAGACGGUCCUCACGACCGAGCAGCUGUAUAUCCAUGCCAAAACCAUCAUUGUGGAUGACCGUGUGGCCCUGAUUGGCUCGGCCAACAUCAACGAACGGUCCAUGCUGGGUGACCGCGACUCGGAGGUAGCGGCCGUUGUUCGCGAUCGCGACAUGAUAUCGUCAACGAUGGCCGGAAAGCCCUACCGUGUAGGCCGGUUCGCGCACACUUUACGUCUCCGCCUCAUGCAAGAGCAUCUUGGUCUUGACACGGACGAGAUUAUGGAGGACACGCGCCGCGAAGCCGAAUUUGAGGCAGAGAUGGACCAGAUCUACAGCGAUGCUGGCGAGACGGAUGGAGGCCACGACGACGACGACAACUCCACAAUCCGGUCGGAUAUCUCUCCAGACGGCGUAGCGUCCCCGUCCCAGGCACGAGCUGAUCGCCUUCGCUCUUCUGGCGAGGUUGGAGCCGAUGUGAAUGGCGUCCCCGGCCCCAGCGCGACGCCUCCCUACUCCAGGCUGCAGCGCGUCAACAGCUUCAACCACAACGUUGACUUGGAUGCCUUCCCAUCUGAGGAAGCGUCGUCCAUAAAGUCCAGACGGGCGUCCUUAGCAAUGCCCACGUUGAACAAGGAAGGCCACAUCGAGCACCCGCCUGACAGCGAGAUGCAGGCACUGGAUGUGUACGGCCAUGGCGAGGACCACUGGACGGCGGCUAGGAAGAAGGGCAUCGACCGGCUGCGGGAUUCAACCGUUGUUGAUGAUCAUGAAUUCCUCGUCAACGGCUCUUUUGACGAGGGCGCAAGAGACGAGGAGACAUUCCUUUCCCGGCCUGUUGAUGGUAUACCUCACCACACGGCGUCCCGGAGUAGCGCUGCUAAAGACCGCGAACGCGACGGCGCCCCGCACGCUUCGACUGCAUCGAUCCCUAACACAGCCAGUACUGGCAAUCAAGAUGUGCUGCCGCCUGUGCCAACCGAACAGGCAGCCAUACAGGAACAGACUCGAUAUGAAGCUGCCGGCGUGCUGCCGCCGCUGCCUGUGACUGACGAUACCGACAUUGGCGGUCCCCCAAACUACCCAGUCAAUCCUUUGGCAGCCGACAUUCAUCUUGCCCGCAUCACGCGGGAUUGCAUGCGCGAUCCUCUGGACCCGGCUUUUAUCGAUGAUGUGUGGAACCGCGCCGCGGAGAACAACACCAAGAUCUACCGACGUGUGUUCCGAUGCCUUCCGGACUCCGAAGUGACCAACUGGCACGAGUUUCAGGAAUUCGUUACCUACGGUACUCGGUUCCAGGAAAGCAUGGAAGUCCGUAAGAAGGGCGACGAUAACGAACGGACCGAGUCGGGCAACAAGGGCCACGAUCACGCCCGGCACGCGGCAGGUGGUGGUGCCGGCAUUAGCGUUCCUACACCGAGCGCCCUAGACGCCAUUGCCAGCGUCGGCGAAAAGGUCGCCAGCGCGAUGUUGCACAAUCAGACAAUCCACCUCGACAACAAGAAGAGUGGCAGCAGCGGCGGGCAAAACAGCACGGAGCGGCCAGCGACCAAGGACAGCUUCCCGUCGGAGACGGACAUGGGCCCGGGUGACCCCGGUGAGGUGUCCAACAAGGCGGAGAUGGAGAAGGCGGCCGCAGCCGAUAACGCGCUGAAGCGACGUCCGUCGUCUGUGUCGGGAUGGCAGCACGGAUCGGUCCUGCCCGACACCACAUCGCCGCUUUUCGGUAGCACUACGGAUGUCAUGGACGCCAUGGCGAACCAUACUGGCGAGACGAUGGGUGAGAAGACGGGCGUCGGCGCCGCAGGGGUUGCAGGAGCAGCGCCUGCUGGUGUAGCAGACGCAGCAGCAGCAGCAGCAGCGCCGUCCAAAGGCAAGGGCCGUCGCACGACGUUCUCGGAGCAGGAGAAGCAGCCGCGGCUGCCGGAGAAGGACGGCGGCAUUAACAACGCCGACGCCAACAGCACGGGCAACGGCAACACCACUAAUAACGGGUUGUCGAACUUGACAGCAACGGCGACGGGAGCCACGGCGGCCACGGCGGCCACGGGCAACGGGACCAAUUCUGGAUCGGUCAAGCGUCGCAAGCGCGCGACGACACGAAGCAGCCGACGCGGCUACCAAGGCGGCACGGACGAGGUACUGUCCAAGGCGGACGCCGAGGACCUGCUCAACAUGAUGCAGGGCCACCUGGUGCAGUUCCCAUACGACUGGCUUAUUGUGGAGGAGAACAACGGCAACUGGAUGUACCAGGUGGACCAAGUUGCGCCGCUGCAAAUUUAG